UGUACCAGACAUGUAUUCAUCUAAUUGCAAGUACUAUUGAUCCACCCUAAAACCACAACCGCUUAGGCAUGAACUCUCUAUAGCAAUUCAUUGUACUGCCACCCAACACCCAACGCAUCCCGCACCCGGGAUACAACUCCUAUAUCCUCUAGCACAAUCAUACCUCAACGCUUCUUAUUGCUUUGCAACCGUAGAAUAAACUUGUAUGUAAACUCUACGUGUGAACCCACAGUCUCUUGGUUAGAGACACAACAACUGGCGACGAAGAUGGCCGUUGCAAUUGGAGCCAUGGAACCAUUUUCGGUUGGAACGACGGAUUGGUCUACGUACUAUGACCGCGUCGAGCAGUACUUCGCUGCCAACAAUGUGGCCGAAGACAGGCAAGUAGCCACCUUCCUGACCCUGAUUGGUGGCUUGACCUACAAACUGUUGGCUGACCUGGUCAGCCCGGACAAACCGAAGGACAAGACGCUGAAGGAGCUGUCCGACGCGCUGGCUGCGCAUUGUGCUCCGAAGCCCUUGGUGAUCGCGGAACGAUACCGUUUCCACAAGCGGGAUCAACGCCAAGGAGAGUCAGUAAAUGCCUACCUCGCGGAGCUCCGACGGUUGGCACGAUUCUGUGAGUUUGGCGAUGUCCUGGAUACCACGCUGCGGGAUCGGUUCGUGUGUGGUAUCAGGAGUCAAGCUCUCUGCAAAGUUCUGUUGGCAGAGAAGGACCUCACUCUGAAGACCGCCAUCGAGAAAGCCAACAGCCUGGAGGUAGCUACUCGCGAUGCAUCCGAGCUCGCGGGCAGUGCCACUGCUCCUGGUGUACACGUUCUGGGCACAUCGCAACAUCGUCGUGCUGGCAGACCAUCGUUCGGAGGUGCGAAGUCCGCGAACUCAGGUCAAUCCCGUACGAGCUAUUCAGCAUGCUUCCGCUGUGGCUCGACGGCACACGGCGCAAGUGAAUGUCCCUUCAAGGCAUAUGAAUGCCGCCACUGCAGGAAGACUGGGCACCUCCGCAAGGUUUGCAAGAAGCGCCUCGCGGAAAGAUCGACAGAUUCAGCGAAACGCUCAAGUGGUAGCAGCGCCUGCCACAGCUUGGCUGUCGAUGUCGCGGACGACGACGAGUUCAAUUCACUUUCUCUUCUAGCCGCAGACGUCCUUCAAGCGCCAGCAGUCGCCACGGAUGAAACGACACCCACGACCGUGCGGAAGGCAUUUUGGAUUGAUGCUAUCGUCAAUGGCCAGUCGGUCCGCAUGCAGGUCGACACUGGAGCUGCGGUGUCAAUCAUUCCGAGUGCGAUUUAUCGAAAGUCGCUGUCUGCCUCGCCUCUCACCGCGAGCAAGCUGAAGUUGCGUACGUACACCGGCGAGCCCGUGCAUCCUCGCGGAACGUUCGUAGCACGCGUGGAAUACUACCAUCAAUCCGCGGAGCUACCACUGCAUGUGGUGGACACGCAGGGGCCAGCGCUCUGUGGCCGGGACCUGCUUGCCCACAUCGCUCUCGACUGGCAGCGCUUGUUCCAGGUCGAGAUGGCUGACGUCCCCUCCGCAACCGUGUUCCCUGGCCAGCAGCAUCCAGGAUUAGCAGGUACGCGUCUUGAGCAGCUCAAGGAAAAAUUCUCCGAUGUGUUCAGCGACGACUUUGGCAAGCUCAAGGACGCCAAGGCUCGUCUCCAGCUGAAGGACGAUGCAAGCCCUCGCUUCCUCAAGGCGCGCCCAUUGCCCUACGCCAUGCGGCCAAAGGUGGAAGCUGAACUGGACAGGCUGGAAGGUCUGGGUAUCGUGAGUAAGGUACAGUGGAGUGAGUGGGCGACACCUAUUGUGCCUGUGAUGAAGCCCAACGGCUCAGUUCGUCUCUGUGGAGAUUUCAAAGCCACAUUGAAUCCACACCUGAAGGUGGACCAGCACCCGCUACCACGCGUGGAAGAUGUCUUCGCCACCCUGGCUGGAGGCCAGCGAUUCACCAAAAUCGACCUAAAGCAGGCAUACCUCCAAAUGGAGAUGGAUGACGCAUCCAAACCACUCCUCACACUCACGACGCACAAGGGCCUAUAUCAGCUCAACCGACUCGGGUUCGGUGUUGCCUCUGCCCCAGCGCUCUGGCAACAGGCUAUCGACCGCAUCUUGAACGGCGUCCCAAGCCAGGCCUGCCUACUGGACGACAUUAUUGUCACCGGCCGCAACGACGAUGACCACCUGGACAAUGUGGAAAGCAUCCUGAGUCGUCUGUCGGACCACGGCCUGAGAGUCAACCCGGCCAAGUGCACGUUCUUUGCAGACCAAGUCGAGUACUGUGGACACAUUGUCAGUCGCCACGGCUUGCGCACGACUGAUGGCAAGGUCAAGGCUAUCAACGAAGCCCCAGCACCGCAGAACGUGUCCCAGCUACGGAGCUUUCUGGGCAUGGUGUGCUACUACCAGCGCUUCCUCAAAGACUGCUCCACGACCCUGCAUCCACUCAACAACCUGCUCCGGAAGGGUCAGUCUUGGCACUGGACAGCUGAAUGCGCGGCUGCAUUCAAGGCUAUCAAGGCAGCCAUCGCCUCGGAUCAGGUCCUCAUGCACUUUGAUGCCGAUCUGCCCGUGCAGUUGGCAACCGACGCAUCGCCAUAUGGCCUGGGGGCGGUGCUCUCGCACAUCAUGCCGGAUGGUACGGAAAGGCCGAUUGCCUUCGUGUCACGGUCCCUGACGGACACCGAGAAGCGGUACGCCCAGAUCGAUAAGGAGGCGCUCUCUAUUGUCUGGGGCGUCCGCAAAUUCCACACGUACCUGUUUGGCCGACCGUUCGUCCUGCUGACGGACCAUGAGCCGCUGACAGCCGUCUUCAGUCCUAGCAAGGGAUUGCCAGCCAUGACGACGGCCCGCCUACAGCGGUAUGCUAUCUUCCUAGCAAGCAUGAAUUAUGAGAUCAAGUACCGCAAAUCAGCCGAUCAUGCAAACGCUGACGGGCUGUCACGCCUACCGUUGCCACACUCACCACAGGAUGAGAGCCUAGACUGGGCAGACGUGUUCAACAUGGCCCAGAUCGACCCGCUUCCAGUCACGGCAGCUGAAAUAGCGCGUCACACAAACCGUGACCCAGUUCUCGCCAAGGUCCUAACCAGUGUCAGCACCGGCCGGGCCCUGUCAACAACCGACGGUGACAUGCAACCGUUUGUACGACGCAAAGAUGAGCUGGGCCUACACCAAGGGUGUGUCAUGUGGGGUCCGGUCCAGGUCCGGUCAGCCGACUCCGCUCCGCAAUCAUCCGUACCGAUGAACACAGCGCCUUUGCCGUCCGUGGCAGAACCGGAUCACAGUUUGUGCUUUCCGACUGCUCAUUCGCCAGCUAGUGUUCCGACACCACCCAGUGUCCAAGCCGCUGCUACUCCAACACCUCCGCCUGCGCAAACACCAGUAGCAGCAACUACGGCAACGCAGCAGGUCCAGUCGCCGCUGGCACAAGAUACGACUGAACCCCGCCGUAACCCGCAGAGAGCCCGAGUCCUGCCGGCUCGCCUGAGAGACUGAAUUGCUUCUUGCUCACACAAUUGCUGUCCCGUGCUCUCAGCUCAUCCGCUUCUUCUUCUUGUGCAUUAAAUGUUAUGCCGUAUAGGAAUACCUCGUAGCUCAACAUGUACCAUAACAUUUAGGGGAGGAAUGUAGUGUAUGUACCAGACAUGUAUUCAUCUAAUUGCAAGUACUAUUGAUCCACCCUAAAACCACAACCGCUUAGGCAUGAACUCUCUAUAGCAAUUCAUUGUACUGCCACCCAACACCCAACGCAUCCCGCACCCGGGAUACAACUCCUAUAUCCUCUAGCACAAUCAUACCUCAACGCUUCUUAUUGCUUUGCAACCGUAGAAUAAACUUGUAUGUAAACUCUA